CCCGGUAAUACAGGAUUUAAAAAAGUUAGGUUAACUGGUUAAGUCAGUAGAAAAUAAAUAACGGCUCUGUCUUUCAGCAACUCUACCUUGCAGCAACUUACUACAGAUAUGAGCGGAAGAGUAACUGUGAAAUUGAAGACCCCAAAUCCUCUAUUUGAACAGUGGUUAAUUGAAUGGAGAGAUAAGGCAAUUGAAACUAAUUCAAAGAUGCAAAAUUGCUAUGGGAAAGCAUUGGAAUCUUUAAGAAAAUAUCCCUUGCCAUUGCAAUCUGGAAGAGACUGUAAACUACUAAAAGGCUUUGGCGAAAAAUUGUGCAGUAUGUUGGAUAAAAAGUUAGUGGAACACAAUAAGAACCUAAACAGUAACGUAGAAGGUGGAGCAGCAACAAACCGAAAAAAUUCCAUUGGUGGCAGGGAAUAUGUACCACAGUGGCGUUCUGGUCCCUAUGCUAUAUUAAUUGCUAUGUUUGAGAAAAGUUUGGAACCUUCUUAUUGCGGUUAUAUGUUUAAAAUUGAUAUUAUCAAAGGUGGUCAGCAUCUUUCAGAUAAGUCUUUUGUUAAACCAGAUCCAGGAAGUUUCUACACGGCAUGGUCAUCAAUGAAAACACUGCUCGAUAAACAUUUAGUAAUUAAAAGAUCUAAUCCCGCCAAGUAUUCAUUAACGGAAGAAGGUGCUGCUCUCGCACAUAAAUUGUACUCAACAAAGGACAAUCAAGUUGGAGAACCACCGAAGAACAAUGUUAAUAGUGAGAAAAGCUCCACAAAAGUCAAGACUGCAAAGAAAACUAAUGCAAAAUGUGCAGAGAAAACUAAUGUGGUACAGAGUGAUGCAAAUGUUGAGUUAGAUAAGGAGAUCGAAGCUCCAUCGUGUUCGAGUACUAGUACUCAAGAAGAUUCAUUUAUUUUUGCCCCAUUCACUUUUGACAUUAUAUUGUUGGUUGAUAAACAAGAAACCACAGGGAAUUCAAGCGGACCACUAGAUAAUGCAACCCUUACAGAAUUGGCACAUUUAGACGUACUGUUUGAAUCGAGACACUUAAAAGUAGGAGACUAUACCUGGAUCGCCCGACAUAAAGAAACGAAUCAAGAAUUAGUUUUACCCUAUGUAGUUGAAAGGAAAAGAAUGGACGAUUUAAGUCACAGUAUAAAGGAUGGUCGAUUCCACGAACAAAAGUUUAGGCUAAAGCAAUGUGGUAUACAAAACGUGAUUUAUUUGAUUGAGAGUCAUGGAUCAAAUACUCAUGUUGGUUUGCCCAUUGGCAGUUUAUAUCAGGCCGCAACGAAUACUUACAUCCAAGAUGGUUUUAAUGUGAAGUUUACUGACGAUGUUAGAGGAACUGUUAAUUAUUUUGCCACCUUUACUUCAGUCUUAGGAAAUAUUUACAAGAAUAAAACACUUAUUAGCUGCCCCAAACAGAAUCUUUCUGAGGUAAACGUGGAUGAUGAUUUAAUAUCGUUGAUGACGUUCACAGAGUUCAAUCAAGGAGCUUCUAAAACUCAUGAUUUUAAAGUUCAAGAACUAUUCAUACGGCAAUUGUUACAAUUGAAAGGGAUGUCUGUUGACAAAGCGCUAGCAAUUGUGGAACAAUAUCCAACGCCUAGACAUUUAAAUAUGGCAUAUCAAGAAAAAGGCGGAAGUGUUGGCCAAAACUUAUUGGCAACGUUGCAGCACGGGAAGGUAAACAAAAAAGUUGGGGCUAUUAUAAGCAAAGUGAUAUACCAACUUUUCACAAGUGCAUCUUACUGAUUUAGAGUGGAUGGAAUGAUAAAAAAGGAUGACUAUUGUCAUUACUUUGCAUUUUUGUUUAUUUAUUUGAGUUAAAUUGUAUAUUGCUCAUAUAAGAAUGUAAGAUAAUGGAAAUUAAAUGUUUUUACAUCUUAA